CGAGCAUUGUGGAGUGAGCACGUGUUUUCUUGCAGCUCCGAGUCGCCUGUUGUCUUGUCUUUGUUUGUCCAUUGUAUUGUACUCUUUGUGAGUAAUUGUAAAGUGAGUCUUUCCCUGUUUUUAUCGUGUGUUCACUUGGAACAUGCCGAGCUGGAUAACACUGCUCAUUUGCGCAGUCGGAGUGUGGCGGAGUCUGGCGUCAGAACACGACUCGGCCAAACGAUAUGACGGAUACAAAGUCUAUCGUGUCUUCCCAGGCAACACAAAAGAUAUUAGAGACGUAUUUCUGGACAUGGAUCUGGACGUCUGGAACGACGCUGGACACGACGGCGACCACGUGAUCGUCAUGGUGAGUCCUGGGCAGCAGACGACGUUCAAAGAUUUCCUCAAGAAACACGGAAUCUCCAGCGAAGUCUUCAUCGACGACGUGCAAAAAUACAUCGAGCAGGAGGAGGGUGAACUGAAGUACAGGAGGCGGCGGCAAGUUUCUUCUCUUCUCGGCCAGAUUUCAAACUCCUACUUACCUUACAACGAGAUAAUAAAUAUGGUUACCAAGAUCAAGAACGAUGCGUCAGGACACGCCAACGUCGAUUUGAUAAACUACGGUACAUCAUCUGAGGGGAGAACACUCUAUGUCGCAAAGAUAAGUGACGGGAACACGUGUAAACCUGCUAUUUUGAUCGACGGCGGGUUCCACGCCAGGGAGUGGAUUUCCCCGGCCACAGUUCUCCGCUUUAUAUACGAGCUGGUUAUGAAUUCCGCUAAUACAGACCUCGUAGGAAAGUUCGACUGGUACAUCAUUCCAGUUAUGAACCCAGAUGGUUACGAAUACACCAGAACAAAGGACCGGAUGUGGCGUAAGACACGAAAUGUCAAUACCGGAAACACUUGCCGAGGCACCGAUCCGAAUAGAAACUUUGAUUACCACUGGGAUCCAUAUGCCGGUGCUAGUACUAAUCCGUGCUCCGAAGUAUACGCUGGUCCGAAUCCACUGUCCGUUCCAGAAACCGUUGCUCUGUCCAACUUGAUGAACCAGCAUAAGGACAAGUUAAAGCUCUACUUAACGGUUCACAGUUUCGGACAGAUAUUCCUGUAUCCGUACGGUUACAGUAGCACGUCGCGGGCACCGGACCACAGAGAACUCACUCGGCUGGCUAAUGUGGCUAUAUCGGCUAUGAAGUCCUAUUCUUACAGCGUGGGCUCGUCCGGACCAGACUUCUCCGUUGCUGCUGGCGGAUCCGAUGAUUACGCCAAGGGGAAGAUGAAUAUAAAAUACUCCUACACGAUGGAGUUGCCAGAACGGUCAUUCAUCCUUAGCACCAGCAAGAUCUCCACGGUGGCCGCUGACGCGUGGAAAGGGAUCAAGGCCAUGGCGCUGGAUCUGUCCGCACUGCCCUACAGCAAGGGCCUGCCCUGCACCCCCGCGCCGAGUGCCACAGCAAAGCCUACACCUUCCCCGGCCACCCCUAAAGCGACCACCGCUCGCCCGACAACCCCCAAAGCCGCCACAAAGCAUCCGUGUUGUACCUACAUGGCAAUGUACAGCUCUUAUGGAUACUACUACACCUUAUUAAAGAGAUGCUGUGAGACUUACGGCUGAGAAAUUAAUAUAAAAGAACUA